AUGACAGAUAAUAUACAACAAGAAAUUGAUCUUCAUCAUGAUGUUAAGCAAUGGCAACAUUGUUCAUUAUUUAAUUUAGAUUUAUUUACUGAUGAACAUCAUAAUAUAAAUUUAACUAAAGAUAUUAUUGAUAAUUCAAAUAUCGAUGGAUAUUGUUGUUCAUUAUCAACACCAAAUGUCGAUGAUACAUUAGGAAAAAAACAUUUAAAUCAUUCAUGUUCAUUUGCUGUUUUACAAAAAAAUUAUACAACACAUCUUGAGCAUGUUGCAGAAAAAUUAUUAUCUAAUGAUAAUACGACAUUAAAUAAUUGUUGUUAUUGUUCUAUACAUGAAACAAAUGAUACAAAAGCACAAUCACUUAAUAGAAAAAUUCUUCUUGGUUCAACAGCUAUUCUUGAUAAUUUUCUUCGAAAUAAUCUUAAAACAUCUUUACUGACAAAUUCAACUAAUCCUCCAUCAUCAUCAUUAGCUGCAACAGCAGCAGCAACAGUAACAACAAAUAUAAAUCCAACAUCAAAAAUAACUAUGGGUGGAAGUAAUCAAAGACGAUGGCAUUCUGAACGAGGUAAUCGUCAUCCAAAUGUUCGUGCUAAUUUACCAUUAACUACAGCACAACGACAAGUACUUGAACGUUAUAAAAAUUAUCCAUUAAUUAAAACAUCAACAAAUAUUUCAUCAACACGUCGACUGCAUCAUCAUCAUCAUCCACCAAUAACAGGAAAAGUUAUUGAAAAUACAGGCACAGCACUCUCUGCUCUUACUGAACAAUCAUUAAAUACAACUAAUAUUAAUCUUCGUAAAAAUAGUGCUCCAUUAAAUCAUACACAUCCUCGUCCACUUUCAUCAACUUCAUCAUCAGGAUCAGGUGUAUCACAUCAUAGUGCAUUGAAUAGACAGUGCUUCUUAGCUGAUACGAUUAUACAUAAUAAAUCAAAUGAAAAUUAUUCAGAAGAAGAAGAAGACGAAGAAGAAGAUAAUGAUGAUGAUGAUAAUGAUAAUAAAUCCAUAUCAUCUGAAAUUGAUGAAACAAGUGAUGAAGAAAGUACUGAAUUAAAUCAAAUUUCAACUUUACCUAAUUUAUUAAAUUCACAUUUAACUUUAUCAGAAACAUUAUCUGAAUGUAUUAUUUGUUGCGAAAUGAAACGUCUACAAAAACGUUCAUGUUGUGAUUUUUAUGCUUGUUCAACAUGUUUAAAUAUGUAUGUUGAACAACAAAUUAAACAAGGCAUUAUUCGUAUGCAAUGUCCAAAUCAACAAUGUCAUAUGUAUAUGCAUCGAGAUGAAAUACAUAAACGUUGUAUAUCACCAGAAGUACGACUUAAAUUUACACGUUAUCUAGUUGAUAAUAAUCGUUCAAUAAAUAUUAAAACUUGUCCAAGAUGUUCGAAUAUUCAUGAAAUAGAUCUUGAACUUUGUCGAUCAAUGCGACGAGCACCGACAAAAGUUCAAUGUGUAGAAUGUAAUUUAAUUUGGUGCUUUCAAUGUCAUUCACCAUGGCAUGAUGGUAUACAAUGUAAAGAAUUUCGUCGUGGUGAUCGAAUGUUAAAAAAAUGGGCAAGAGAAGUUCAUUAUGGACAACAUAAUGCACAACAAUGUCCUUCUUGCAAAGUAUAUAUUCAACGAACGAAAGGAUGUGAUCAUAUAGUUUGUGUUCGUUGUAAAACAGAAUUUUGUUAUAAAUGUGGUGAUCGUUUUCGAGAUAUUAAAUUUAUUGGUGAUCAUUAUAGUGAAUUAAGUGUACUUGGUUGCAAAUAUCGUUUUUAUCCUGAUAAUCCAUUAAAACGUCGACUUAUACGUGGUUCAAUUUUAGGUGGAAAAAUUCUAGCCGCACCCAUUCUUCUAUGUUUAGCAGUUGUAGCUGGUGCAGUUUGUGCUGGUAUUGGACUUCCAGCUUAUUGUUGUUUUAUGCUUGUUCGACAAAUAAAAACAAGACGACGAAGAUGUCGUCAUGCAAAAUUAAAAGAACCUGUUUUAAUGAGUUAUAAAACAUUGAAUGAUAUGGUACCACAAUUAAUUCCACGUGAACCAAUAAAUAUGAAUGGUGUUAAACCAGGAUUUAAUUCAAUUCGUACAAAUAUUCAAAAUACUAUUGAUGUUGAAAUUGAUCCAACUAAUGAUGCUCCAAUUGCUGUUUUCGAUGAAUGUGAUAUACAAAUUCUACCAAAUCAAAAAGAUGAAUCGAUUUCAUCAUCACCUACUUUUCCACGAUUAAUCCCUUACUCAACAUUACGACGAUCAUUAACUAGACAAAAAGAAUAA